UCCGGAUGCGCCUGCCCUCGGGGACCCGGGACAGAGCCUGGAGAAAGUGUGCUGCCACGGGGUGUUGCCUUUCCGCCCUUCCGCGGAAAACACCAUCGAGUGGAGAUGCGAGUAAUGGGAGAGAAGAGAACUCUGUAGCAUGGAAAUGGGUGGACUGCUCAUUCCUGCGUCUGAGAGUGGACCACGUGUGUGUCGGUCGUGUGGUGACAUGGCCCAGGGCAAUAAUUAUGGGCAGACCAGCAAUGGGGUGGCAGAUGAGUCACCCAACAUGCUGGUGUACAGAAAGAUGGAAGACGUCAUAGCCCGCAUGCAAGAUGAAAAAAAUGGAAUUCCUAUUCGUACUGUCAAAAGCUUCCUUUCCAAGAUACCUAGUGUCUUCUCUGGGUCAGACAUUGUUCAGUGGUUAAUAAAGAACUUAACCAUAGAAGAUCCAGUGGAGGCGCUCCAUUUGGGAACACUGAUGUCUGCCCACGGCUACUUCUUUCCGAUCUCAGACCACGUCCUCACGCUCAAGGAUGAUGGCACCUUUUACCGAUUUCAAACACCCUAUUUUUGGCCAUCAAAUUGUUGGGAGCCAGAAAACACAGACUACGCGGUUUACCUCUGUAAGAGAACAAUGCAAAACAAGGCAAGGCUGGAGCUAGCUGACUAUGAAGCUGAGAGCUUGGCCAGGCUGCAGAGGGCAUUUGCCCGGAAGUGGGAGUUCAUUUUUAUGCAAGCAGAGGCACAAGCGAAAGUGGACAAGAAGAGAGACAAGAUUGAAAGAAAGAUCCUCGAUAGUCAAGAGAGAGCAUUCUGGGACGUCCACAGGCCGGUGCCUGGAUGUGUAAAUACCACAGAAGUGGACAUCAAGAAGUCAUCCAGAAUGAGAAAUCCGCACAAAACACGGAAGUCUGUCUAUGGUUUACAAAAUGAUAUUAGAAGUCACAGUCCUACCCACACACCCACACCGGAAAGUAAACCUGCAACAGAAGAUGAGUUACAACAACAGAUAAAAUAUUGGCAAAUACAGUUAGAUAGACAUAGGUUAAAAAUGUCGAAAGUUGCUGACAGUCUGCUAAGUUACACGGAACAGUAUGUAGAAUAUGACCCAUUUCUUGUGCCCCCUGACCCUUCUAACCCGUGGCUGUCCGAUGAUACUACCUUCUGGGAACUUGAAGCAAGCAAAGAACCAAGUCAGCAGAGGGUAAAACGGUGGGGUUUCGGCAUGGAUGAAGCAUUGAAAGAUCCAGUUGGGAGAGAACAGUUCCUUAAAUUUCUAGAAUCAGAAUUCAGCUCAGAAAAUUUAAGAUUCUGGCUAGCAGUGGAGGACCUGAAGAAAAGGCCUAUUAGAGAAGUCCCCUCUCGAGUUCAGGAAAUUUGGCAAGAAUUUCUGGCUCCAGGAGCCCCCAGUGCCAUUAACUUGGAUUCUAAGAGCUAUGACAAAACCACACAGAAUGUGAAGGAGCCCGGACGAUACACAUUCGAGGAUGCUCAGGAGCACAUUUACAAACUGAUGAAAAGUGAUUCAUAUCCACGCUUUAUAAGAUCCAGUGCCUAUCAGGAGCUUCUACAGGCAAAGAAAAAGAUGAUCAUGCUUCAUAACGGCUUUUAGAUGCUGUCUUCAUGUUUCAUAUUAGUCUUCUGUAUGUCUAGUUUAAGGAAAUAAAAAAUUACAAUAAAGACUUGAAAAGAAUAAUGUCAUCAGAUUAGAGACUUAGAGAGGAUUUUCUUUGUCCACUAAGGCAGAAUGUAUAUCUGGGGCUCUAUGCCCCAUAACUAAAAAUAGACUCAUUUUUUUCAAUGAUGGUUGCCAAAAGGCAAUAAUAUUUGCUUUCAGAUAUUUUCAUUUAGCAUUUAUUCUCUGCCACUUUGUGUCCCUGCAAUGAGGUUUCAUACCUAAGAUGACAGCCAAGCAUAUGUUGGAAGAGCUGCAAUAGAUCCUGUUGUUCAGUUAAUGUUUAUAAUCAAAGGCUCACCGUUGAUGACACCUUAUUUAAUCAGUGUAAAAGUGGAAACUCUGGAUGUAAACAUCGGCGUCACUUAUUAUUUUCUGAUGUUGAAAUAAUCCAUAGCUUCUUGAAAUGCUGAGAUGAAGUUGUAAUUAUUUGUCAUUAACGAUUAUCAUUUAAGCUAAUGGGAUUUUUAAAAGUCCAUUGACUUUGCAACUAGAAAUAGAUACGCCAUAGCGCCAUUGUCCCUGUACAGCAGCCCCCUAGCCUCAUGGGGCUGUAUAAAUUUAAAUUUAAACUUAAUUAAGAUUAUAUAAAAUUCUAACCAAGUUUCAAACACUCAGUGGCCACAGCGAAAGACUUCUGAAAUGUUAGACAGGACAGCAUGACAUCGCCAUGCUCUCAGAAACUUCUCCUGGAUAGCAGUGCUCUGCAGAAUUCGCGAUAUCAUGGAUAGAAAUCUAGUCCCAGUAUAAAACUAUGAGGAAAUUCUGAAGCUAAGCCACUAAACUUUCAAAUAUUUGGGCUUUGAUAAUGUCGACAUAGGAGUUCCCGUCGUGGCUCAGUGGAAACGAAUCUGAC